CAACGAGGAAGGUUAUUCGCAGACCCUCGAGCUCGACUCGUAGUCAACACGUGGUAUGCUAUGAAUUUGUGUCGUUUGUUAUGAAUUCGUGCAUUUUCAGUCGAUUUUCAUCUUAAAAACUCUUGUGACACAAUAAAAAUCGGCAAAAAUGAGCAGGAAAAACAAACCAUUGCGUCACAAGGAGAAAAAUACGUUUAAGUUUCAACCAUUCUCAGAGCGGAUUAACAAUAUCAGAGUUGACAUAUUUCACAACGUUAAGCAUAAAUAUGAAGAGGAAGAGGAAGAAACGACAUUUUUUCACCAGACUCUCGAAAAGUGGAUACUUCUCAAUUGUUCUGGAAGCUUUGUCGAAUUACGCGAAGAUAUUGGAAAUGACGUUUUAAUCCUGCCACAGGUUGUCGCACAAAAGGACCGCCUUGUGGACAUUUUGAAAAAACAUUUGGCCAUGAAAAACAUUUUAAAUAUUCAAGCUGUUUUAGAGUUGGUUGUAGCUUUAGCGAAAGAUUUAAGACAAGAUUUUUGUCCCUAUUUUGAUUCAGUUUAUGAGCUUUUGGUUAAUUUAUUAUCAACAAAAAAUAUAGACCAGCUUGAAUGGACGUUCCAGUGUCUUGCCUAUCUUUUUAAAUUUCUCUGGAGAUAUCUAGUUAACAAUUUUUCAACGAUAUUUGAGUCAUUAUUGCCUCUUUUGAGCUCAUCUAAGCCAUACUAUAUCAACAAUUUUGCCGCUCAAAGUUUUGCUUUUGUUGCAAGAAAAGUGAAAGACAAUGACAAAAUGAUCAAAAUGAUUCUUCGCUCUUUAAAGAAAUCUCCUGAUUGUUUGGACGGAUGUGGAAGGCUACUAUUUGAAGUUAUCAGAGGAGUCCCAGGUCAGUUCCACAGUUGCGCAGAGGAGACGUUAAAAGCCUGUUUUUCCUCUUUGGAAAAUGAAUCAGUGCCGCAUUUACCAAUGUGCCAGCUUUUAAGAAGCACAGUAACACAUUCUUUAUCAAACAUUAAUGUAAAACAUAUUUCCUUGUUAUGGAAUAUUCUGAAGGAGGAACUUUUGCGUUUUCACUCUCAGUGGAAAGAGUCUGGCACUGAAAAGAAUGCACAAAAUGUCAAAUUAGUUUUGGACAUGUAUCAGGAAAUGAUUGAAUUUAGAAAAUGUACUUUUGUUACCGAUCAUGAAACUGUUGUCGAGGUUUUGAUUAAGCUUCUUGAACCUCAGAACCUUAUAAACUCAGAAAUAACUAGACAAAUCGGCCGUUCUCUUGGCAUUGUUUUGUUGUCCCAGAACAUCAAGCUCUCACAGGAGUUAAGUAGUAAAAUUGUUGUUUCGACAAUGGAUUAUUUGAAAGAAAAUGAUUUGAUUGAUUUUAUAACAAACAUUUUUGACUAUCCUGGAUUUGAAGGGUUAGUACUUCCCAGAUUGAUUAGCUUCUGUUCAGCAACAACACCUUUCAAAGCGUUGCCUUUAUUAGUACGACUUAUUUUGAAAAAAUCAAAUACUGCAAAGAAUACAGAAGAAUUAUUGUGCUGGACCCCGUAUACUUUAGAUUUUACACCAAUAAAAAACAUGUACUCGUUAAAAUUAUGUGAUGAGUAUUUAAACUACAUCUCGUCCAAAACACUUCCUGACUUGGUCAAUGAUAUUGACACGACUGUUUCCGUGCUGAAGGUACUUCCGCACAUCCUUCCUAUAAAGAAAGUCGAAGCAAUUACCUUCAUAAGCAUUGUUGUUAUGUCAUGUUGUGAAGUUCUUCGUGAUGAAAUCAACAGUGAAUCAGAUAAACUGAUUUCAAUUGUAUCUGUUGGACUGGAAACACUCAUUCAUUUGAAGCCGUCUGAAAAUAUAUUGAAAAUAUGCCCACCGGAAAUCAUCCUCGAUGUACUAUUACCAUUUGCUAGUAAGCAAAACUUGGAGAUAUUGAGAAUUUUAGAUUUUUAUAUUUGCAUGGACGAGGUAAAUCUAAUUUCAUUGUUUUACAAUAAAAUUAAAUCUUCCCUCAUCGAGAAUCUUCUUUCGCCUUAUCAAAAAGUACGAGAAUACACUACACAUAUAUUAUAUAGUAUAGAAAAGUCUUUGGCUGAACCCAACAAACAGAUGGUGUUUUUGUUAGAGGUCUGUUGGAAAGCUGAACAAAUACCCGCUUCCAUUGCAGAAUACCGUGAUAAAAUGAAAGAACUUCAAAAACUGAGCUGCACGAACGAAUCUGUUUCUACAGGGAUAGCGAAAAACCAACUUGACUAUGAAGUCAUCUUGAAAUACCUGAUCGGCGUGCUUUAUAUCAACUUCAAAUUAAUCUGGGAACCUGUUUCAAAUUUGAUAAUCACAUAUGCUGAUACUUUGAAACCGAAUCAGUUUUGGUCGGUGUUUGGCAAAGAGCUGGACAAUGUUGGAAAACUUAUCAGAGACAAUAUCGACGAACAACCUGUUGUGUCGCCAUACAAUUGUGAAUUUUUGACGGAAAUGUAUUUAUCGUUAAACAGCUUGGAUGAAAAACCCGAUCAUAUUCAACAUAGAAUUUUACUAUGGAACAUUCUACAAAGCUGCAUUCCUGUGUGUGAAGCGAAGAAUAAAGAUAUUUCAACUCAGUUUCUACUUUUUAUGGAAGAAGAGUAUUUGAAAAGAAAUAAUGAAGCCGCGUUCUCUUGCGAUGUGAAGAAGAAAACUGCUGAAUCGUCUGCAGUUGAUGUAGAAAUAACUCAGCUUGGUGAAGAAGAAAUGGAUGUGGACAUUGAAAAAGAAGAAACUCUUGUUGAUUUAAAUGAAACGGAAAAAACGCCUGAUAACCAGCCUGCAAAAGAAGAAUCUUUUGCUGAAGAAAAUGACAACACAGAUAAAAAAUUCAGAUCCAUUACUAAGAGCCUCUUAGCACAUAUGGAAGUACUCGGCAAAAUGAGAUCUCCGAAGAAUAUGCACAGGGAACCCGAGUUGUCUAAAAUUUAUUAUGAUUUUCUAUCACAUAAAUUGCCAGAUGUUCAAAAAGCUGCUUUAAAAUGCAUCAUGACGUAUAAGCAUAAGUUUCUGACUCCUUAUAAAGAGAACUUAUUUGGCUUAAUCGACGAUAACACUUUCAAAAAUGAAAUAGCAUUGUUCAGAGUGGAUACACAAAGCGAUAUUAUAAAAUCUGAACACCGGCCUGGUCUAAUUCCUAUUGUAUUGAGGAUAGCUUAUAGUAAAAUGUACCAAAGUGGCACAAAAGGUAUAACGAAGCAUGCAAGGAAAGCUACAGUAAUUCGAUUCCUGGCUGGUUGUUCCAACUCCGAGCUUAGUGAUUUUUUCAAAAUGUCCUUCGCCCUUUUUAAAGAAAGCGUCGACAGCGAAAAAGGCGUCAUUGAAAUGGCCAAUAAUAUAAUGGAAAAUGUCGACCUGGAAAAAGUACUGCCUCCCAAGAGGCUUCAGUCAGCGAUUUAUCUCCUGAAUACGCUUUUGACGUACUGUGGUGGACUUCUUGCCUAUGAGCAGCUUUCAUACCUCAUACGCGUUUUGAUCGCCUUGGGAUCAAAUGUCACAGGUGUUUUAAAACAAAAGGAAAACGUUCAUCCAGGGCAUGCCAAAAAUUUCAGGAGCAUCAAAAAUAUCUGUUUUGAAGGGUUAAACAAAUUUUUUUCAAAUUUUGAUAAUUAUCCAUGGACACCUGAAGAAAUUGAUGCCAUGUUUUUGGUUUUCAUUUGGCCUUAUAUUCCAACUUUGCAAGUCGAUAGCAUCAGCAGCCCUUCUCAGCUUCUUAAAUUAUUUUUUGUUUGGAGUAAAAACCCCAGAUUUUUCCCUCUUCUUGGUAAAUUUAAUUCUGAAGAUAACGAGAUGACCCCUUUGACUUCUAUCAUGGCACUGUGGCUUGCCCAUAAAGCUCAUGGCUCUGUGUGCAAUAUGAUAAUGGAAUUGGUCGAAUCCCUUUUGACUCUUCAAGAUUUUGAAAAGUUCGAGACUAUGGAUGAACAAGUUGUCGAACCUUUAAUAAUAAACUGUAUGGCUGUUAUAGACGAAGAGAAAUUGAAAGUUGCAGAUGAAUUAAACUAUGGAAGCAAACUGCUCAUGCCUCACGUCUCUGCCAUUUUGGAACGGCUCGACCGGAAGCUGCAAUCCAAAUUGCCACUUACAAAAAAGGAUUCUGAAGUCAUGUCAAGAAUCACCGAACUCGUUAACGAUUCAGAAUCGUCCGAUAAACUUCUCUCUUUACUUUUCCCCAGUCUUAUAAAAAAAGCAGGUGCUGGAGAAGAAAUCAUAAUGCCGCUUUUAACAACCGUUUACAACCUUAUAAAGAAUGUCGAAGAUCCCGGGAGAUAUGUUCUAAAACUUGCUCCUUUGUUUGGAUCAGUCGAUGGUCCAAUGGCGAGAAAACUUCUUUUUUCUAUCGUCGUAACACUAUCAAACAAAAAAGGAUCGGAAAGUGGAUUGGAUGGAGCGUUGUUGGAUGAAAUGAAUGCUUGGGAUCCCAAAUGGGUCGAUCAGCCUGAUUUUCAACGGAGGCUGAAUGCUUUCAAGAAAUUAGAGGAAAUGGCCGGAGAAAAAAAUAUUUCGGUUAAUUUGGGAGUGGUCGUUAUUUAUACAUGUUUUCAUUUUAUCAAAACAGAAAAGGAUAUUUCUCUGAGAGACAAUGCCAAACACACAUUAGAACUAAUUUCCCCACUUCUUUGCGAGUCUGUAAAAGACGACGCAAACCUCAAAGAUUUAAUUUUGAAUGACGCCAUUUUAAAUCAGAUACGUAGCGGAUUUUCAGAAAAACAAACUGAAGCUGUUCGUGACGAUUGUUUAACAUUUUUGGGACAUAUGGCUCGAGAAUGUGGAGAUUAUCAUCCAGUAUUAAAAGAUCUGUCGCACCUUUCAAACAAGGAGGAUCCAGAAGUGGAUUUCUUUGAAAAUAUUAAACAUUUACAGCUUCACAGAAGAGUUCGUGCUAUGCUAAAGUUUUCAAAUGUUGCUGAAAAAUUGGAAAAACCGUUCACAACACGAACAAUAACGCAAUUUAUUCUUCCUAUAGUUUCAUAUUAUUUGCUAUCGAAGAAAUUUUCAAAUAAAAACACAAUCCUGGAUUCUGCAAUAGGGGCCGUUGGGACCGCUUGUAGACUUUUGCCUUGGCACCAAUACCAAAAUGUUCUUCUCUACUAUUUGGGAAAACUUCAGACUGAGCCAGAUUUCCAGAAGCAAAUCGUGAGAAUAUUGGUCGAGAUACUCAAUGCAUUCCAUUUCGAUCUAAGCCAAGCUGAUUUAGAUCUCUUCAAUAUCGAAAAAGGAAUAACCGAUAAAACAGAAGAAAGCACUACUGAAGACUUGGGAAAUGAUUCAGAAGAAAUCCCUGCUUGUACAAAUGAAUAUGAACCUUCAGCCCUAAAAACUUCAGUUCCUGUUGAGAACGAAGAAGAAAAAAUCGACGAGACAAAACAGAUAGCUUCGAUUGACAAGAUGGCUCUUUUAUCAAAACCUCAUGCAAACAAAGUCAUAAAUAAUAUAAUCGUCGUGCUUCUUCCUCGGUUACAUUCGAUUCUGGCUGAGAAGAUGCAUUCAGAGUCACUUCAUAAGCUAUCUGCAAAAUCGGGCGAUUGCAAUUUAGACGAAGAAAUUGUUCUGAGAAUACCAUUGUCAGUCGCAAUCAUCAAACUUUUACAGAAACUACCCUCUAAAAAGUUUCUCGAUCGGAAUUUAAUCGGGAUUGUAAUGAAAAUGUGCACACUGCUUAAAUCACGUUUGGAAAGUGUUAGAAAAGUAACAAGAGAAACAUUACAAACCAUCAUGGCAUCGCUCGGACCGGAGUACUUGAAUACUCUCAUAAGGGAAAUGUCAGGGAUCCUUAUCAAGGGGUUCCAUGUGCACGUUUUAGCGUAUACUGUGCAUUCUGUUCUUGUCUCUUUAAAGCCAAGCUUUAAAAGAGGUGAUUUAGACGAAUCUGCACAUUUAUUGCUGAAAGUGUGCAAAUCAGAUCUAUUCGGUGGCGCUUCGGAGGAAAAAGAAGUCCACCAGAUUGUCGGAAAAGUGUUGGAAGCAAGAUCAACAAAAAGUUUCGAUAUACUGCACAUUUUGGCUACGUAUGUUACCGAUCGUUACUUGUUAGAUUUGAUCAUACCAUUAAAAGAGGAACUGUCAGCAACAUUGUCACAUAAAAAUUUAACAAAGAUCGAAAAUUGUUUACAAAAUAUAAUACACGGUUUGACAGAAAAUGACUAUAUAGAGCCGCUCUCGCUUUUACAACUUGCUUACGGCUCAGCUUCAGAAAGCAUACCCAUAUUAACAGCAGACUUGAAGGAUGCACCGGUUGACCAAAAAAGUCUUGAGUUUGAAUCGAGAAGGCAGCCAGAUAUUUACAUAAUACCAGAAGAACCAAAAAUGAAAAAAGCCUCCCAAUCAAAAGUAUGCUCAAGAACAAAUGCACACAUCUUGGUUGAAUUUGGUUUGAAGUUGUUCCUAUUACUUUUGAAACGGAGCAAAGUCAAAGGAGAACUUUAUAAGCCACAAAUCGAUCCUUUUGUUAAUUUAUUGAUAACCUGUUUUAAAUCGCAGCAUGUGAAGAUAACCACAUUGGCGGUAAAAUGUAUGAUAUGGUGUUUAAAAAUGGAAUUGCCAUCCCUUGAAAAAAACAUAUCAACUGUUACUGAAAAUUUGUUCGAAAUAUUGCACAAAUAUGCUUCAGCUGGUUUAUCGAAGGGAGAUAAUUUUGAUCUCGUCAUGGCGACAUUUAAGGCUGUCGCUGUGAUAGUAAGGGAUGUCAAGUAUCAUCAUCUUCAGAACGAUCACAAAAGAGCGUUGUUGCUAUAUUGCGAGCAAGACCUCGACGACCAUAACAGGCAGGCGACAGCGUUUUCACUGAUUCAUGCUAUACUGUCAAGAAAGUUGGAAUCGCCCGAGCUGAAAGACGUUCUUAAAAAAGUGGCAAUUUUGAGCAUAACUUCGGGUAUAGACUCAGUACGCCAUCAGGCUUUAUCGGUGAUGCUUUAUUACCUUAAAGAAUACAGGACUACCAUAAAGGAUGAAGUUAUAGAUAUCUUAUCAUUUUAUUUUUCCCAAUUGUCCUAUGCAUUUGAAUCUGGAAGAAAAAGUGCUGUAGACAUGAUUACGAGUAUUAUUAAUCAUUAUCCUAUAGAAUUUAUUAAGGAAAAUAGCGGAGUUAUUUUUAUAAAUAUGUCCACCAUGCUGGUAAAUGACCCUGUCCCAGCCUGCAGAGAAAAAGCAGCUUCCACUCUUGAACUCCUUUUGAGCAAAGUCGAUAACAAUACCAAGGAAAAACUUUUUGAUGUUACUAAACUCUGGUUUGUCAACAAGAAGAUCACCCUCAGACGAUUGGCAGCUCAACUCAUUGGCGUUUUUGUAAAAUGUGAAAAUGACCAAUUUCACAAGCGGCUGGAUGAUUUUCUUCCGUUGGUCAGCAGCCAAUUUCUGCAGGGCUUCGAGGUAACUAAGCCUGGAAAGUUUGUACUUCUCAAGAAAGAAGAAAAUGAGACUGAUCUUAGCGAAGACGAAAGGAUGAAAGAUCACCUUUUGUUUCAAGUCUUAUCCAUGCUAGUCAAAAUCAGCACGACUUGCUCAAAGUUCCUUAAAGACCCUAAAUACACCAGUCAUCUUGAAAUUAUUGCAGAAAACACAGUUGGGUUGCUAGCGUAUCCACAUGAAUGGGUUAGAGAGUUGGCCGUGCAGCUCUUGAAUAUAAUUGUCCGAAUGGUACCACCAUCUACGGUUGCAAACGCUGCAAAUGAUCCUUCAAUGGAAAAAGAAGGAUUUCUACUUAGCAACACAAAAUCCAAAGUGAAAAGUUUGAUUUUAGACCUAAUAGCUCAAAUCGUUCCUAAUGAAGCUUCAAACGAAAAAUAUUUGCUUCAGUGUAUGAAACUAUUAGUGUAUUUAGCCUGUGUUGUUAAAGAAAUUAAAAAGAGCGAUGAAAGUCGUAAUGAAGAAAACCUAUCAUUAAGUUGGUUAAUAUGGCGAGUCAGAAGAUCCAUGAACAUUGAAAUUUCUCAACAUCCAACAUCAACAAUAGUGCGAACUAUGGCAUUUAAUUGGUUAUCAGCUCUAGCGGUUAAAUUGAGUAAAGAAGAACUCGAACCAGUAGCUCGGCUCGUCUUGUACCCGAUGCUCAGGGAGAUGAGCAUCGACGAUAACCCCUCUUUGAAAAGGAUCUCCAAAGAAGCGGCGAACUGUGUCAAGAGCAAGAUUGGAUCCGACAAAUACAAUAGCAUCGUGGCGACAUUAACGACCAGAAUCGAGGCGAAGAGGGCAGUGAAGAAGAAAGAAAGAUCUCAACUGAUGGUCACAAACCCCGAAAAAGCGGCUAAAAGAAAAAUACGCAAACAGCUGAAGAAGAAAGAGGCCAAAAAGAGAAAGAUGGACUCCAUUAAAAAGCAUAAUUACAAAAAGAAACCCAAAAAAGAGGUCAAUCUAGAAACGUUGUGAUAUUUUAAAUAUUUUUUAAGAAAAUCAUAAUAUUUGUAAAUUUUUUAUUGUAUAUAUGUUACAGUAAUUAUAUAACAUGUUGUAGAUAUAUAAAUACAUUUUUAAAAGUAAACAUUUAUUUUUACAAGUCUUUUGUUAAUUGUAUUAUCUAAGCAUGUUUGAUCAUUACCAUAAUAAAAUUUCAACAUUA